CACAGCACUGACUUUGGAAGUCAGCAGAAAGGGGUCAAACCGAAAAGAAAGCUGUUCUAACUUACUCAUAACACCCGGCAUGAUCCUAUUUGGAUGAAUGCCAAGUAUUCAAGCAUCUCAUGUCGAGAAUACUCCACAAAUAUCUGCUUUAGGUUUGUAAACAGUUCUUGAAUUGACUGACAAAAAUGGGCAAACAUAGCCAUCACAAAAAGACUUCAAAACACUCAAAUUUCUUUGACAAAUGGGGAGGAAUCGACAACGAACCCAAAUUUAUUGAACUUCCUGACGAUUUUGGCGAUACAAGCUCGGAGGAGGGACAUAAUGUAGACGGUGAAGACUUGAAAAAGAACAAGCACCAUUCUAAAGAGGAGAGAUCAAAGAACAAAGAGGAUUCCAAACAUGGUAAAGGAAAAGGGGGGCCUGAAAAGGACGAUUCAAAGACUACUCCAACAAAAAAUGACGAAAAAGAGUCGAAAAAGCAUCAUUCGCCGCAUCAUAGCCAACAUACAGAGCACGAGCAUGGUAAACAUGGUAAGCCAGGAAAAAGUAAAGAAGAUCAACAUGAAAAGAAAGAACGCGAAGAGUCAAAAAAAGGGCACGAGGCUCAUAAAACGGAUCAAGAAGGGCCGAAAAAAAUGACUGGACAUCAUGAAAAUGAGCAGGAUAAUUUGAAAAAAGAGCAUGAAAGUUGGGCAAAGGAUCAAGAAGAAUUGAAAAGGGGACAGGAACACCAUGAAGGGGAAUUCCAGGAAUUAAAAAAAGGAACUAAACAUCAUUCCCAAAGGAAGGAAAACGAAGAUCAUCAGCAAAAGAAACAUGAGCACCAUCACCAUGAAAACGAGCACAAUGGAAUAAAGAAGGAACACGGGCAUGAAAAGAAGGAACUAACAAAGGAACACGAGCCCUCUAAAAAGGGGGAGCACGAUCAUGGCAAAAGAGAAACCCACACACACCAUCAUCAAUCAAACCAAGGCGACAAAAAAACUCACUUUGAAGAACCUGCUCAAUCGCCUCCAAACUCCAAAGUUAAACAGGGGUCCACUCAAAGCAAUAGCAAUAUUCAAGGGAAGGGACAAUUGCCAACCAAGAAUGGAACUCAAGACAAUCUUCCAAAGCCCCAAGGGGAUUGCGAGGUGUGCGGCCACCUGGCAAAAUUGUUUUGCUCAGCUUGCAAGCAUGUGUUCUAUUGCACCAAAGAGCAUCAAAAGAAACAUUGGAGGAACCACAAAGAGGAUUGUCCAAGUCUGAAAAAACUGCCUUACAGGGUGGAGAGAAAUGACAAGCUUGGGCGCCAUCUAGUGGCGACAAUGGAUAUCCCUGCAGGCACCCAUUUCCUUAAUGAAUCACCAAUGGUUUUGGGACCACGACAAUUGUCUAAACCAGUUUGUUUAGGUUGCCAUAAAGAGCUGACAGAUCCUCAGGCCACAAUCAAGUGCUCCAGGUGCCAAUGGCCAUUGUGCUCAAGGAAAUGCGAAGACAGUAAAUCCCAUGAGGCUGAGUGCCGAUUAAUCAAAUAUGGAGGCAGCAAGGUAAAAGUGGAUUCGUUUGGCCAAGUAAACAUGAUGUACGCCUGCAUCACUGUUUUGAGGGCUUUGGCCUUGCAAGAUGGCCCACAAGAGGUGUGGAAGGACUACACAAGGUUCGAGUCCCAUUUGGACAAAAGAAUGAAGACGGAAAUCUAUACCAAAGUAAACAAGGAGAAGGUUGUCUACUUUAUUCAUUACUUCCUGAAACUCAUCAACAAGUUCAGUGACCUCGAAAUUUUGGAGACAUGCGGUCGAUUGGAUACGAACUGUUUUGAGAUUAAGCAGAACGGCUUGAACCUCAGAGCAAUGUAUCGGACAGCUUGCAUCAUCUCCCAUGAUUGCAAACCAAAUACAAAGCACACGUUUGAUCCGGACCAUUCCAUCAACAUGUACUCCACAGUCAAUAUUGCUAAGGGUUCAAUCAUCAGUGCCAGUUACACCCAAACCAUUUGGAGUACCCUGAAUCGCAGAGAGCACUUGUACAUGAGCAAGUGCUUUUGGUGCAUGUGUGAGCGUUGCCAAGAUCCAACAGAAUUUGGAACUUACCUCUCUUGUUACAAUUGUAUCACGUGUGGAGGCAGGGUCCUCCCUGAAAACCCAUUGGACAAUGAAGCAUCGUGGAGUCUCCUGAAGGUGGCCAAUCCCGAGUGGUUGACCCAUCAUCACCUGCUUCGAAAAGCUUUUCUGUCCAAGGAUCUUCUGAACGUGGCUAAUCAAUUGGAACCCGGGUUGAGUAAAUGGAGAGGCCAACUCUUGUUUGAGAUGCAAUCCUCCAAUGUUGUUCUGGCUCAACGAGCUUUGAACGAGAACAAAAUCACUGGCUUCCAAGCCAAGGAAAUUUUUGAGGAAAAUCUCAAGCACCUCACUGAGGCAGUGAGCAUCCUUCAAGUGGAACCUGAUGAAAAAGAAAAAUUGCACGACGAGCUCAAAGCUCUUUCAAAAGCAAUGGACGAAGUUGAAUCGGCUGUCUGAUGUUUCAUCGAGGGUUUUUCAAGAUUUUGAUAAUGAUGUAAUAACGAAUUCGAGGUAUAGAAAUCAUCAAUUGUUUGUCUA